AGAAAAUGAGAAUUCAUUAAUACCAAUCAUAAUCUUUUCUAAUUUAUCUAGAGAAAAUUAUUAAUUUGGAAUAUCAAAAGAUCAUUAUGCUAUCGAAAUAAUUAACAUUUCAAAUCAGGCAUUUUUUUUCAAUUGCUCCGUCACCAUCCUUCCAUGACCGCACUGUAAGACACCUUAACACCGUUUCCAUUCUCUCCCCUUCCUCCACGAAGAAAAAGAAAAAGAAAAAAGAAAAAAAACUCCAAAAAUCGGCUUCAGCUACCCAAGGAGAACUGCAUUAAUAGAUUCACACUUGAAUUUCUACAACAUUAAUCAAUCUCAAUCUCAAUCUCUCUGUUUUGAUUACAAACAAAGAAAAAUGGUGAAUAAGAAAGUACCUGAUUGGCUCAACAGCUCUCUCUGGUCCACCACUCCUUCUUCCUCCUCCUCCUCCUCCUCCAUCACCACCGACGACGAUCGCCUCCACCGCUACUCCUCCAAACUCUCUUCUACCGCCACCAUCGCCCCCACCGUCCAGCCACCGAUAAAAGACGAGCCUCCUCCUCCUCCACCACCAAAACCUGAAAUCAAAGCUAAAGAAAAAGAUUCGCGGAAUACUGUUAUAAUUAGUGUUGAUAACAAUAAUGGUAGGCAUAAUAGCAAUAAUAAAGAUGACGAUAAUGACGCCUCCAUCACUAGUCCGUCUGCUGAAGAUAUUUCUAGACAGGCUCAGCUCUUGACUGAGUUAUCGAGGAAAGUGGUAAAUAUAAAGGAAUUGAGGAGAAUUGCAUCUCAAGGGAUACCUGAUGGUGCUGGCAUUCGUUCUACUGUCUGGAAGCUCUUGCUAGGAUAUUUACCAACUGAUAGGUCGCUUUGGUCAAGUGAAUUAGCUAAGAAGAGAUCUCAGUACAGGCAUUUUAAAGAGGAGCUUUUGAUGAAUCCUUCAGAAAUUGCAAGGAGGUUGGAGAAAUCUACUGGGUGUGAGAAUGAUGAGCCAAAAUGUGAAAACCGUGGCGUGCUUUCAAGAUCAGAAAUAACCCACGGAGAGCAUCCUUUAAGCCUUGGGAAGACUAGUAUCUGGAAUCAAUUCUUCCAGGACACUGAGAUCAUAGAGCAGAUUGACCGAGAUGUGAAACGUACUCAUCCAGACAUGCACUUCUUUUGUGGAGACUCAUCUUUUGCAAAGUCCAAUCAGGACGCUUUGCGAAACAUACUGAUUGUUUUUGCCAAGUUAAAUCCGGGGAUAAGAUAUGUUCAAGGGAUGAAUGAAAUUUUGGCACCUCUUUUCUAUGUAUUCAGAAACGACCCUGAUGAGGAGAUGGCUGCUUGUGCUGAAGCAGAUACAUUUUUUUGUUUUGUUGAGUUAUUAAGUGGAUUCCGGGAUAAUUUCUGCCAGCAACUUGAUAACAGUGUUGUUGGAAUUCGUUCUACGAUUACAAGGUUGUCGCAACUUUUGAAGGAGCAUGAUGAGGAACUUUGGCGUCAUCUUGAGGUCACAACCAAGGUCAACCCCCAAUUUUACGCAUUUAGGUGGAUUACUCUUCUCUUGACUCAAGAAUUCAAUUUUGCAGAUAGUCUCCAUAUUUGGGACACACUUCUGAGCGACCCUGAGGGUCCUCAGGAGACGUUACUUCGAAUAUGCUGUACAAUGUUAAUCCUCAUCAGGAGGCGUCUACUAGCAGGGGAUUUCACUUCUAAUCUUAAGCUAUUGCAGAACUAUCCCCCUACAAACAUCAGCCAUUUGCUUUAUGUUGCAAACAAGUUGCGUGUUCAACCAUCAGUCUAAUUAAUACUACCAAUCUUUUGUGUUAGUCUCUUCCUUAGUUUGUGUUCGGGAGUUUGUUAUUGUAAAUUAAUGGAUGUAUAUGUUGGUUGAAGGUAACUGCUAACAUGGCGAGGAGAUUCUCCUAUUUCAUUUUUCCUUCAAUGCAUCUUUUGAUAGAGUAGGGUUGUUUUUUUUGUACCCUUCCGUAUUUUAGGAUGAGGUGGUGGACUAUUAUUCUGUACUUUGGUUAUUUGUAGGUUGUAGGUUUUUGUAAUUUUUUGACACAAGUACAGAAAACUUUUACCGUUA